AUGUCGUCCGGCAGCCUGCCUGUCAAGAAGGUCCCCCUCUUCCCGCCCUCGCUUUCCGCGCUGGCAGAGAGCAUCUCUGCCGGCCUCUCCUCGAACUUUACGCACUCCUCAUGCACCGUUUCCACCCCUCCAGACCUCACCCUCCCGCCAUAUCACCUUGCCGCCCCAGGCCUUACCGGCUCUCCUCGCAUCGUCGACAUCGGCGGACCGCCAAACCUCAGCCCUGCUCCGGACCUGACGAAGAAAUAUGACCUGCUCUCUGUCGCCCACCAAGCUGAAAUGUCCACGUCGACCGGCUUCAUGCUUGGUGCUGGAGCUGGCCCGUUCCACGUCGUGGGGCAGAACUCCGAGUUGAUGCCCAAUUUUGCAUACGGUACAGCAGCUGGUGGACAGGACUUGCGCGAUGUGAGGAAUCGGACACACUACGCGAAGAUCAAGCCGGAUGAUUCAGUAUGCUGUGCUCGCAUCCCGAACGAUUCCACGGCAUUUGCGCUUAUGUGCAAUUUAUUUUGCUCAGAAGGAUUACCUGGACCCUGCCUGCAUGUCACCAGCAAGUGUCGAAACGGUCCGCUGAAUUUCACACAGACAAUUCAAGAUGCCUUGAAAUCUUCUUUCGGAGAUCGAUUGAUCUCUAUUGGAGGAGUGUUCCUGAUCAAGAGGGGGACAGCAAAGUUACAUGUUAUGCCAGACUUUCCUUCAGAGCCGUUCAAGUCAAGAGACGAUGUGGACAAGUGGCUGCGGUACUUUGACAUGGGCUUCACUGACGAUGAACAUGGGCCACUGGUCUGUCUCACCGUCCUCCACUCGGGAGACGAUGAUGGCCUUGCAUUGAGAAUGGAGCAUACUCAUUGCUUCACCGUGAGUGGUAGCGGUGAUGCCACCGUCGACGGGCCCGCGGAAACAACGAAGGGCGGGCAUUACCACUAUGAUCUCGACGACACGAAAGAAGAGAUCGAGUACGAGGGCUGGUUCAACGUUGCCGAUUACUUGUACCGGCUGGACCAGCCCGGCCUGCGAAGUGGCUAA